CGGGCAGUGUGUUCGGUGUUUUGUCGGUACCUCGCUGCGUCCCGGACAUUAGUCACGGAGUUUCUGGGGAAGAAGACGUGUAGCUAAGGAGGCGUGUGUGGGACACCGCCGCCACCGCGGGGGCCAUGGAGCCGCCGUUCAGCCCGAGGCGGCCCGUCUCUCAAAGCCUGGAUGUGAACUGGGAUUCAACCCUUUUUGCUGAACUUGGUGAUUUAAUGGACACAGAUGAGUUGCAGCUAGAUGUAGAGAAUGAAACUUAUGAAAACAAUUUCUAUAACCUUGGCUUUGAUUUGGAUUUGAUGCCAUGGGACUCAGACCCUUGGGGGAUUUCAAACCAAUCUUGUACAGAUAACUAUAUCAAGGCAGAGCCUCAGCCACUUUCUCCUGAUUCCUCAAGCUGUUCAGUCUCUUCCCCUCAAUCAGUGGAUUCUUAUUCUUCAACCCAGCAUGUUCCUGAAGAGUUGGAUUUAUCAUCCGGUUCCCAGAUGUCUCCCCUCUCUUUAUACAGUGAAACCUCUAACAGCCCCUCCUCAUCAGAGUUACUAAAGGAAGACAAGCCUGUCAUUGGUGCUACAAACAGGACUGUAAAUGGACUGACUCCAAAAAAACAAAGUCACGUCAUUUCAAAGCCUUCGAUUCAGCCCAAGCCUUUACUUCUGCCAGCAAUACCCAAGAGUCAAGCCAACUCUAGCAUUCCAACCAAAGCAAUCAUCAUUCAGACACUCCCAACGCUUCUACCCUUGACAAAGCAGCAACCUGUUAUUCACAUUCAACCUGCCCCUGCUAAAGGUCAGCCUGUUGUGCUCUCUCAGCCGACCGUGGUCCAACUACAGGCACCUGGAAUUCUGCCUUCUGCUCAGCCAGUUAUUGCUGUCACUAGGGGAACCACUCAGCUACCUAAUCAAGUGGUGAAUGUGUUACCAACCCCUGUAGGGAACAAUCCAGUGACGGGCAAACUGUCCGUGGCUAAACCUAUCCUGCAGACUACCACGAGAGGCGUGGGCUCAGAUGUGACUGUCCUCCGGAGACAGCAGCGCAUGAUCAAAAAUCGAGAGUCAGCCUGUCAGUCUCGCAAGAGGAAGAAAGAAUAUAUGCUAGGCUUGGAGGCAAGGUUAAAAGCAGCCCUUUCAGAAAAUGAGAGACUUCAAAAAGAGAAUGGGUCCCUGAAGCGGCAGCUGGAUGAAGUAGUGUCAGAGAAUCAGAAGCUCAAAGUUCCCAGUCCAAAACGGAGAGCUGUGUGUGUGAUGGUGGUACUGACAUUCAUAAUGCUGAACUAUGGCCCCAUAAGCAUGUUUGAGCGGGAUUCCAAUAUGGUGACGUCUAGUAUGAACCCUGCACAUCAGAGCAGACGUCUUUUAGGAUUCUCAGCUACUGAGGGACAAGAUUCAGUUCUGAGAAAAGUUGAUGGUGCCAUCCAGAAAAACAAUUAUAGAUAUGACCAUUCUCUCUCUGACGACAAAGCUCUGAUGGUGGUAACUGAAGAGCCGCUGUUGUAUAUUCCUCCACCUCCUUGUCAACCAAUAAUUAACCGUACAGAGUCUCUCAGAUUGAAUCAUGAACUUCGAGGAUGGGUUCAUAGACAUGAGGUAGAGCAGACCAAGUCAAGAAGAAUGUCAAAUAGUCAUCAACAGAAAACACGUGUGCUACAGCCUCCUUCAGAUUCUGAAGAGACCGAAAAGUCUUAUAAGAAUUCUCUGGAACAUGGUUCUAAUUCUCAGCUCAUGGCUGUGCAGUAUACAGAAGCAACCAGCAUCAGAAAUUCAGGGAGUGAGCUGCAAGUUUAUUAUGCCUCACCUAGAAGUUAUCAAGACUUCUUUGAAGCUAUCCGAAGAAGGGGAGAUACCUUUUAUGUUGUGUCAUUUCGAAGGGAUCACCUGCUGUUACCAGCUACCACUCAUAACAAGACCACAAGACCAAAGAUGUCAAUAGUUUUGCCAGCAAUAAACAUAAAUGAGAAUGUAAUCAAUGGGCAAGAUUAUGAAGUGAUGAUGCAGAUCGACUGUGAAGUGAUGGACACCAGAAUCCUCCACAUCAAGAGUUCUGCUGUUCCUCCCUACCUCAGAGAUCAUCAGAGGAAUCAGACUAGCUACUUUGGCUCUCCACCAGCCACCCCGGAGGCAAGAGCCCACGUUGUCAGUGCAAUCACUGAGUCCUUGCAGUAGGCCGCUGCUGUGCCUGCUGCCACAGACUUUCACACCUGAGUCUAGAACUCAGCCAGACCAGACAAGUGCAUUGUGGACAGGCAGUUUAGUAUUGCCCAGUGAUGUAAUUCAGUGUCUGCAGCAAAGGAGGAACAUUUUUGUUUUCCAGCAGUCUUACUAUCACACAGGUGGUGCUAGGGUUUUUUCUCAAGUGGACACAACCUCGAUCCUUGGGUCCUCCAGUGUUCCCCUUCUGAGAUCUUCUGUACUUUCUGGAUUGGUCUUGCCAUUCAGUCCUUAUCUUGUGUUUCACAUCAGCUUCCUUUCCCAUCCCUCCCUGAGGCAUUGCCCAGUGUUGCUACACGUGAUGUAGCAAAGUGAUUUUUAUUUCAGGUGAAAACAAAGCUUGGAGGCCAGAGUGUCCAGGCAGAUCUAAUUUUUUAAUUUGUUUUUAUGAAACUUGGGGCUGGUAUUUAUCCAAAUGGCAGGUUUCAAAACCCAACAGCUGAAAGUACUCAGCUACUACUAAAUUGUAUUAAAAACACUCAGAACGACCUUGCUUAAGGUUAGGUGGAAGAGCCCUCACUUGGUGACAUUUAACCUUGAUCGAAUUUGUUGUUCACAUCCACCUCUUAAUAAGUCUGAUGCUACGCUUAAAAGCUGCCUAAUGCUGCAUCGGUGAUGUGGUGGGAAACAGAAAACAUGCUGAUUUGAGAGAAUGAAAUUUCUGUUGUCUCACUAAUAAUUAGAAAAUGAGAGAACUACAGGAAAGUUUAAUGUGAAGAAUGGAGGAAGAAAUAGCUAAAGUAAUAAAAGUUGUUAAAGCUGUGAAAAUAUUUUGGGGCACUCUUUGAAAUAAAAACUUAGCUUUCAUAUAACUUCAUUAAAUUAAUUCACAGGGAGUGUUUGCAUGUGCUCUGGUCUUCUCUUCAAUGAUAUCUUAUACAGAUCCUCAACGCCUGCAGAAAAAUACCUCAUUGUAUUUUUUGGGAAAGAUUGGGGUGGGGGGAAGAGGGGUGUUCUUUCUGAGUGUUGCACUGAUAGCAGAUUCAAGUGAUAAGUAUCAGUGUGGCUCAUAACUAGGCAAGCCAGAAGCUGUUUCUUCUGAAAACUAAUAAAUCGUUUGCUCACUUCAGGAAAAGCAGAGGUACUUGCUAGGGAAGUCUGUUUCACAAAUGUAGCAACAGUUUCCAUAUUCAUCAUGGAGGAGACCAUGACAGAGUUGGAUUUUUUUACUUCCCUAAAAAUGACUACUGAUUUCACUUGCAUUCCACUUGAACUGUGUUCCAGUAAAUUUUGAAGGUGAAAAGGAACAUUGUGCACAUUGUGCCUCCCAGACCAUGUAGAUUUGUUUUUCUUUGACAUAUAGUUCUGAUUCCAAUUACUUAAAACAGUUAUCUUCCUCUAGCUUUUCUUAUGGCAUUUUCUAGACCCUUCAUUAACCUCAACAUGGAUUAAACAUUUGCUGGCUCGCAGAUUCAGUUUUUCUUUGUUAUUUUAUCCCAUUCCUCUUAUGCCAUCCCAAUACAUUCUUCUUCCUCCUCGAAAGGAAAGGAAAAACAGAAAUUCCAUCAGCCCUUAAUGCUUAUUUUUCUAUUUGUGGUGUUAUCUUUAUAUUUGUGAAAUUGGGUUGAACUCAAGAUUUUGAAGUCUUGCUAAUAUUUCUAGCCCUCUGCAAAGCAAGGCCUCUCUCUAAGCAAAUGCCAUUCCCCUGAAGUUAGAUGAUCACUAUGGGAAAUCAGCCUAACUUCCCUGGAAAAGAAAUACAUGUACCAAGAAGGAAUUUUGAGACUUUAAGCAUUGGUUAACCUUUUUAUUCUUUAUAUUCCUAACCACUUUAAAUCAGGACAACCCAGUUUCUUACUGAAUACUCUUUCAAUCUCUGCAUAUUUGUCAGGCCGGUAAAUAUGGAAAAGCCCUGUGUGUUCCUUGUUGAAUACUGUGUACUUUGAUGAUGGGAGAAAGCAUAUGCUAUAUAAGCCUGAAAUCUUACACUGAUCACCUCAAGAACAUUCUUAUUCUGGCACAUCUUCUUUAUGUCUCUGUGUGUGAGCUCUCUAAUUCAGAUUGCCUCUAGUUUUGAUAACUAUGAGGAGGUGGAUUAGAAAUUUCCAUGCUGUAAUUCUCUGAAGGAUUUGAAGUUAGAUGACUCUGUCAUUAGUUUUUGUAAUAAAACACUUUGUGCUCUGCGCAGUCCAGACAGGACCUAUCAAAAUCUUCCAUCUCUUUUCACUGAUCUCUAAUUCUGGCAAGAAACCAUUCACUGAAUGGACUGAAUGGGCUUCUUUUUUUCUGGCCCAAAGCUGUGAUUCCAUCUCUGUGUGACUUAUCUAGUUUUUCUUGGGGUCACUGUCCCAAUUCAUCAGAUGAUUUCCCCAGCUCAUGACCUGAGCCCUAGCCUAGGUGGUUCAUACCCAGAGGUCAGCCACAACUUUGUGACAAUAAGGUGAUGGACGUGUAGAGGCUGUAAACAGGUAGCUCUGAAUACCUGUGCUGUGCGAAUUACUGACAAUGGUAGGAAGCACAGUCCAAUCUCACAGUCUCUCUGUCCAUUUGCCUUAUUGCCAUCAGCUCUUCAUGACCUGAACCCCUCCAGAUGAGCUCCUGAGUCAUAGCAUGACUGCCAAAAAUGUAUACCCCCAAAACUUUUUUUGGAGGAAUUUGAAAGACCACCUUCAGAUUACCCCCAGAUCUCUUCACCUCUUUCUUAAACUACUUAAGUCUGUUGUAUGAUAGUGGUUUCCCUUUGGAUAUUUGUGUGUCCUUAUGAGACAAGAUGACUGGCACUCAUUUCUGUUCAGGAAAUGAAAAAUAACUAUGUGAGUGAAUGAAACCAGACCCCAGCAUCACCAUCUGAGCAGUGUGGCAGGAGUGUGUGCAAUGUUACCUUUUUUUUUCAAGUUCUUUUAGUGAGUUUUCUAAGGCCUGCUUAAGAGAUGCUUAAGAGACCCCUGUAAGACAUAACUUGCGCACGUUGUGUGACCUUGCUAUAUGCCUUUUAGCCAAGAGCACUCUGCUGGCUGGCAAUGGAAGCAGACAAUGGAAACUUUGAAGUGAAGGAUUUCUCUGCACAGUUUAGACUGAAUAAAAGUAAAACAGAUGUUCCAUCACACUGACAACUGAAUCAGGUGAUGAAGGGACUUUGAGCAGUUUCUCCCAUGACUGGGUUAAUGCAUUCUGCAUCAGGCCUGGAAAUGGGCUGGGCUGUGUUUAAAAGUGCAUACGUGUCCAACCUGAGGUAGCACCUUAGUUUCAAAUAGCUCCUUUCCAAAACUAGCAGUUUGAGAAAGGGCCAGUCCUUUCUCAGCAAACAGAUUAUUUGUUCAAGUGUUUGCAUUCUGAAAGGUUGGAGCUGGGGGGGGGGGGGAGUUGUGUUGAGAGUGGCUCUUCAAUUGCAAUGAAAAACUCUGUAGGGAUUCCAGAGCUCCAAGAACAUCUUCUGCUGUCUUUUGGUGAUUACUAACCAGCUCCACGUUCCACUGGCCUACUUCAUUUUUCACUUUAGUAAAAAAAUACAAAAGGUGUUUGAAAUCAAAUGCAGCAAUAUUAUGAGUCAUCCUUCAGUGUUCAGAACAAAAAUUACUUGGAAACAGACAAAGAACUUUGGAUCCAGGCUGAUUUUCAAUGUAUUUUAUUAGAGACACACUGUCAUUAAAAAAUGAUAUUUGUUUGACUCCUCCUCCCCUGUACAUGUAUACCUAUAGACAAAAGGUGGGGAAUUUGAUGUUUUAAACUCCUUUCCUAUGGUACUUAAGCUCAUUAAAACUAGAUUUGUGUCAAGGUCUUCCCUUACAUGCCGUUUUCUGAUUCCUGUCAUUGCACUAAAUUGAAAUAAUGAAAUUUGACAAGCGUCUGCCAUGGUAACCAGGCCUGUACUCCAUGUUUGACCUUCCCAGCACUGCAUGGAAAGGUUUUCAACAUAUUCCUGAUAGAUCUAUACCAAGAGAUCUCUUUCUUCAUAACUGACUUUGGAAGUAUCCAAUUUUCUGUUAUUGGAGAUGGAGUAAAGGAAGCAGUAUACAGAUGGAAUACCCUUUUCUCCUGUGUGAUAUCAUGAAAUCUCUCCACCCAUGAGCACCUUAUUCUGCAUUUAGAAGGGCCUGACACAGGCUUCCUUCAACAGAAUAAGAUGUUAGCUGUAUUCAUAGGAGUUAAACUUGUUAUUAAACUAUUUCAGUAAAAUACUCAUUCUUUCUGACCCAUUGCUGUCAUAAUGCAACAACAUUCAUUUCUGUGUUGCGCCCCCCCACCCCCGUUUUGUUCCUUUGCAGUAGAUAGCCUGUAGUCUGUUUACCUAAAGUAGACUAACAUUUGGCAACAGCAAGGAUCAGGAUUGUCAUUUGCCUCAGCCUGUAAUUGUUUUGUUUAAAAAAAAUCGGGGCAAAGAAAAGCAUUUGCUGUUAUGGGGGCCAAGUAUAGCUUUUGCUUAAAAAGCAUGAAAGAGUGAUUAGAGAUGGAGACAUUGGAGAGAGACUGGAGUUCCAACUUUUAAUUGCCAAUGAGGGGGAAAAAAAUCGCAGGGUUUAGGUUUUGUGUUUUAGUUUAGUUUUGUUUUAAACACAGCUCCAAGGAAAUAAGGGAUGAUGCUGUCAUAUCCUAAGAGAAGUAUGCAUUGCAAAUUAGGAAGAUUUGGGGUGACUAGAUUUUAUAUGGCUCUGUCUGCUAUCUUGUCACCGAGCAAAAACAGUCCCAUCCAUUUUUGAAGAGAAUAACAAAAAUAUCUCAUGGCAAUUCAUCAUUAUAUGUAAUGUAUAUGCUGCGUUUGAGAUCUGUCAAAGUAGCAAAUGUUUGCUCAUCAACUAAUGGUUUGUUUAUUCGCAUUCAUACCUCAAAAGAGGUUUGUGUGUAUUUUUUAAGAAAAGUAGGUUUAAGAUCAUAAGAAUAAACGUGACCUAAUUUAUCACUUUUGGCAUCAGUUAAACAAAACAGUUGACUAAAAAUAGAAGUGUCAGCACAGAGAUAACUCGCUAAUUUAUUGGUUUUGGUCAAAUAUUCAGGUGAUCAUCUCCAGUUGAUUAUAUUUUUUCAGAAUUUGCUCCCCUUCUAGGAACUGAGCUUGAUUUUUAAAAGGUGUUUGAGUCAGUUUCCUGAUGAGAAACAAGCCUGUUCUUAUUUUCUAAAUAUUCACUAAUGUUACCUGUGGUGAAUUUAUGAAUUUGUGAUUUCCCCUUAGUGUUUGUGCAGAAUGAAACCAAGCAAUGGAUUCCCCCACAGUUGGAAACUACCAUGCAAUCUUGAAUAUAGGAAUGCUGGUUUCUCAUUCUCACCACACUGGUAGCUCCAGUUGGCCUACGUCCCCUGUUUCAUCUGACAGUUGAGGAGAUGAACCACCUCUUCCUGGGAGAUAGACCUGAGGGUUUGUAAGAGAUGUUGUCUCACCAGGAUCAUAUCUUUAGGGUCAUACCCAUACUUGCUGAAUUAAGCAUUGGCAUUAAACAUAAGGCCAGGGGGAAAGGGAAGAUACCAUUUCUCCUUUGAUAUUUAUGUGGGAUCACAGUUCACAAAGGAAAAAAUGACAGAAGAUAUGUAUUUAAUGCUUUCCAACAAGUCUUUAUAAUGCUAUACCUGUUCUUUGAAAUAAAGAAUUUUUAACUUUCA